AUGGUCUCCAAACUUCGUCGGCUUAUUGCCGAUCAUGCAGACCUUCACAACAACGAUCUUCCACCCAAUUAUCUCUUCUCUGUGACAGACAACCAGUCGUCCGACGACCUGAGCCAGCUCGUAGUCAUGCUUGCUGGUCCCCAUGGCACCCCAUACUCGGCCGGGCUGUGGCGCUUACAACUUCGAAUUCCUGACGACUACCCAGCAAGCCCACCCAAAGCCGCUUUCAAGACGCGGAUUUGGCAUCCAAACGUCGAGGAGUCAACAGGCGCAGUAUGCGUGGAUACUCUCAAGAGGGACUGGGAGUCAAAGUUGACGUUGCGAGAUAUUCUGGUGACCAUAUCUUGUUUGCUCAUUCAUCCAAAUCCAGACUCCGCAUUAAACCCAAUGGCUGGCUCUCUGCUUCAAGACGACUAUAAUGAAUUCGCUCGACAGGCGCGAUUGAUGACAUCAAUACAUGCUCCCAUCCCGUUCGUCAUGAAGCAAUCCGUCCUGCAAGCCAAACAGCGAGGCGAGGAUCCAGCAAUGGCAGCCAGAAUUGAAAACGAACAACAACCAGAAGAAUCGAAACAAGAAACGAAAACAACGUCGUUGGUCAUGAAGAAAAAGAAUCCGGCAGCACCCGUCCAGGCUUCAAGCGCAGAAAUGGCAGUUGACGAUUGCACAGAGAAUAUGGAUGGCGACGAUGAUUGCAAGGAAAACGAUCCAUCGUUGUCGCCUGAACCGCCUGCCACUUUACCGCCCUCUUCCAAGAGGGCCGGUAUAGGCAAACGGCCUUUGUCCGUUAUCCCGACAACUCCUGUUCUGGACACAGAUAUCAUGAUGCUUGACAGUGCCUCGGACGACGAGAACAUGUCAUGCGAUGGUAUGACUGCAUCAGAAAGGAAUAUUGCCGCCAAUCCUUCCAACUCCUCAUCACCAUUAUCCCAAAACUCAUUGGUAUUCCCAGAACAAAACACUCGCCAGCAAAUCUCAUCUCGACCAUUCCAUAGCUUCAACAACGACUCAUCCUCAUACGCAAUCUAUGAAGAUAACGGGAGCGAAGCCGUUAAUCUAACCAUGACAAACAGCCGUCACCGUCGUCCCACUUUCGGGAAAGAGAAUAUGGAGAAUGCCCUUUUCGCAACACCCAAGGAAAUACCAGCACCAGCUCGACCUUCAAUAGAAUCUUCAACACUAGACACAGGUGUCUUCGUGAAACCCCUCAAUCCGUCGUCAUCGUUGUCAUCGUUAUCGUCGUCCUCCUCCUCUUCAUCAAUAAACCACCAUGUCAACAAAAUGACAGCUAAAAAGCCCUUUUCACCCAUGAAAGUCACGAAACCUGCUUCUCACCAUAUUAACGGUAGCAGCGCUGGGGCCGGCGUUCGCAAAGGUGUAACGGGAAACAAGGGCAAACCGAGAAUUGGGUUACGACGACUUUGA